CUCAUCAGGUCUGAACUUUGGGUUCUUCCAGCUGCGGAGUUCUCAGAGAGAAAGUUUGCCUCGACAGGAGGCUGAAGUUGAAGUGGGGUCUAGAUCAUUAAGGUUAGUGCAGCCUCAUCCCUGGACUCCACAUUCAUAGUCAAGAUAGACCUCAAUUCGGAGAGACUUCACCUGCGCUUUGUAUUCACCAAACUUUGAAUCACGAUCCCAACUGCUCAUCGCUCUUUUCCAGCACCUAUUUAAGCGACGCUUCUUACUGGGUGGGUACUUGAUCCUUGUCUUCGUCCUCGAGUACCAGAACCAUCGAGUAUCUGCUAUCUGAGUGGGCAAUAUUUCCCACAAUUCCGCCCACCAACAGCUUCUCCUCACCAUACAACAGCAUCGGGCUACACACUUCGUGAGUGCUUCACCUCACGCACACGUACGCAAAAAAACCUCCCCGCUGGUGGCUCACGGAGGUGGCACGCCCCUCAAAGGAACAAUGGCAAUGGCAACAGACAUGGACAUCGAGAUGGAUCUCGAUAUCGGCUUCACGGAGGAAGACUUCAUGGUUCCAGAGACUGGCAUAAUUCCAGAUGCAGAGAUUACUGGUCAACAAGAUCCGACUCCUAUACUUACCAACCCCAACGAUAACUCCAAUCCUGACUCCCAAGAACCCACUCCCGAGAAAGUCCAUCUGCGGGGUCUCGAUAACCUCACUACGAAGGACAUCAAGGAGUUCGCAUCCGAGUACUACGACACUCAUGCCGCCCUACACGUUGAAUGGAUUGAUGAUACUUCUGCAAACUUGGUGUACGCGGAUGCAGAUACUGCACGAGAUGCUCUGAUUGCAUUUGCUUCUAUGGAAGUUGCGGAUGUCACUCGGCUCUCCGCCCAGCAGAUGCUGCCCGCAAAGCCGUUCCCUGCUCACCCAGACACAAACCUUCAAGUCAGAAUUGCUGUUGCCAGCGAUCGGAAGCAGGCUGGUGCUCGCGACCGCAGCAGAUUCUACCUCCUCAACCCAGAAUAUGAUAGAGCAGAGAAUCGGAAACGAGGAGGUUAUAGAGGUGGCCGAAAGUCUUACAGAGAUAGGGAUGAUGGUGGAUAUCGAAGCCAACGCUAUGAUGAUCGCGAACAGCGAAAGCGAGAGAUGGAAUCAGACUUUGAUGCCACCCUGUACGAUGAUGAUGAAGUCGCCAUUGCAAAUCGAGCUGCUCGUCGUCAUGUUCGGCAGGAUUCGUCAUCCGGAGCAGAUUCUGGAGAUCGAGGACAACGCCGCGUGCGAGCCCACCGUGACAGGGAGCUGUUUCCAGAACGUGGCUAUAGAAGCAGUGGUAGACUGCGAGAUCGAAGUGCCUCUCCUUCUCGAGAGACCGACCUGGAUCGAGAUGCAGCAAGAAUGAGAAGACAGGAUGCUGUAGCGGCAGAGAAUCGAUCAAAGGCACAAGCCAUCAAAGCCCGGCUCAGAGAUGCGCAAGUCACCAAGGAACUGUUCCCUGAAAAAGCCAAUAUCUCCCAUCACCGGUCAGGUGCUUUUGACGCUGCAGACGAGACUGCCGACCUCUUCGCCAAUCGAAUGCCGGUACCGUUCACAGAUGGCAGCUCAGAUGUACGUCCUAGGGGAUCAUUGGCUUCGAGGAUCACCAGGAAUGAGUCGGAGAAUGAUAUUGGCUUUAGUAUCCGCGGAGCUGCCAAAGCUUCCCCAGCCAAUACACAGACCUUUAGCAUCAAAGGAGCUGCCCGUGUGAAAGAGCUCUUUCCCUCUACAUUCGGGGAGAAUGCAGGCAAGGAGCUGUUUUCGGAGACUCUAGAAGGCAGAGGUAGAAGAAGACAGAAAGCGGAGGACUUGUUCUACUGAGCAGGUUUGGAAAUAUAGAAUGACGGAGGAAUCGAGAACCGUAAGAUCGAGUCCAGGGACAGAGAAGAGAUUCUCUGGGUAGAUGUUGAGUUGAACAAACUCUACUCUUUAAUCCUUACGGUAAUAUACAAGAAUUUGCAGCACACAUUCAUGCAGCUCAGUAGCCUGCUUUUGAUAUGCACGUUACAUUAGCGUUGAAUAAUAGACAUUUGAGGGCUGCAUAGUAGCAUGCU